AUGAGGAAUAUCUUUCUUUCUUUCUCAUUUCUGGCCUCGGCAGCUGUUGGCGUGCUGGCCUCCGAAGACUUGAAAAUUGAUGUCACACUCCCAAUCGAAUGCGAUCGUAAGACACAGAAGGGCGAUGUAAUCAAUGUCCACUACAAAGGGACCCUGAAGUCCAAUGGCCAGAAGUUCGACUCCAGCUAUGACCGUGGUGUUCCCUUUAGCUUUAAGCUUGGUGCUGGGAUGGUCAUCAAAGGAUGGGAUGAAGGCUUGCUUGACAUGUGCAUUGGUGAGAAGCGGACAUUGACCAUUGGUCCAAGUUAUGGCUAUGGGCAGCGCGCUGUUGGUCCCAUCCCUGCAGGCUCUACCUUGGUUUUUGAGACCGAACUCAUCGGUAUUGAAGGAGUGCCGAAGUCUGCAGACACCAGUGAGGAACACAAGGAGCUUUGA